CUUAGAAAUAAAUAAUUUGUCAAAAAUAAUUUAAGAUAAACUAAGAAAAGUAUAUAUAGUAAGAAUAAUGAGAGGGAUAUUCCGCUUAGCAAAUUCAUGUAGAGCCUUUUAAAAGAGCCAAAAUUUUAAUAAAAGCGUUAACUUAGCAUAUUCUAUGCCUAAAUAUAGCAUAAGCACUUUAAACAUAAAUUUCGAAAUGUCAAUGAAAUAAACUCAGCUAUCUACUUUAAGCAAAGCAAAUCCUGAAUUUGUAUUCUUCUCUAAUAGUUUUAUGCUUGAAUAACUUGAAUGCAUUGCUGGCUGUGAUGACGAUGUUAUUUGACAUUAUAAAAAUCUAUCAAUCACUCAUCUCUAAUAUAUUAUUAUAUAUUUUUUAAUUUAGUAUAUGACAUGAAGCAACAAAUCAAUCUAUCAACUAAACAAUCUAUAAAUCUAUCUAUCUAUCAACCAACCAAUCUAACUAUCUAUAAAGCAUUCUUAAAUCCUAACUAUAAUACUAAGCUGACUUCCAAGCUUAUAAACAAACAUUGAAAUUAUACUUUCACUAAUAUUAAGAUUGAAUACAUUGACAAGUGUGUGCUUCACUAAUUUAUGUUCUAUCGGUAAAUUACAGGAUACAAUAUAUCUAAGUAUCAAGCUAUCUUAUCAAUUAAAUUUAUGAUACAAAAGGAGAAUCUUAUUUAGUUAGUUAUUUACUAAGAAAAUAAAUUCAAUUAUAUUGGAUGAAAUUGUUAUCAACUCAACUUUUUAUUAUUUAAAUUUUAGAUUAAAUCUCAAUAAUUUUAAUUCAUUAUAUACAUUCUCUGUUUAUUACUUGGUCUUCAUUUGUCAUCGUAAAUCAUUCUAAUUAUUAACUUAAAAAGCUUCUUUUA